CUGAAACCUGCUGAAAAAGGCUGAAUCAUGGCCGAAUCCAGAACCGAAUCCUGGAUUUAGUGCAUCCCUAAUUUAGAUGAAAAGCUCUUGUGUGCAGAUGCUGUGGCUUCAUUUGCUCGCUGAGUGGAGUAAAGUGUUAAUCGACCAAAGUCCCAAGUGGCCAGAUGUUGCAGUUCCAGUAACCCGAUGACACGGGGCACAGCCUAGGGAAGAAGGGGCAUGACAGGCCACGAGGUGCAGAAGCCCCUCCUAGUUGUUAAUAGGUGAUUGGGCAGUGGAAGAGUGGAUCAGGGUGACGUGGGAUAGGCUUUAAAAGUUAGGGGACUAGGUUUCCACCCCCCACUCCAUUUUGUAGAAGCACAAGAAAACUCUGCCUACCAUGGAGGUGAAUGAGGAGCUGUCUGACCUGGUCCAGAGAUUCAAAGCCGCAGCUUCACAGCAAGAUCCAGGGUGGCUUCGUCAACAGCUGCAAGAUCUUCUGGGAAGUGGCGAUGCCAGCGGUCCAUCCACCCGCCCAACCCGUCAGUCAAGACCCCCAGCACGGCUAAGCCCUCAGGAGGGUGCAGGAUCACGUGGCCAUGCCAGGAGGAACGGUGGGAGCACAAGCGGGAGCAGAUUGAUGACCCGAUCCACUGCACAAACUCCCAGCAUGAGGCCAACGGCAGCGACCACGAGACGCAAGGGCCCAGGAAGCAGGCAAGUAACUGUAAGGGCGCAUCGCGUGUCACAGCCGGAGAGAGUAAGUAAAAGAAAAAAACCCGCUCCUCCGGCAGCCGCAUCUGCGCUGUUAAGGGAGGUCAGGCAAAGUGCGAUCUCCCCCUCCCCUCCCCAAAGUUCAAGUACGGGCCCUGCACGCAGGCGAGUAGGCGCCCGUUCAUCAAACACAGCCUCUGCAGCAGUAGGUGCGAGGGGGGGGGGGGAAGCACGCUCCACACACAUUAAUAACUGACGAUCAGCGUAUAAGGCUCUCCCCCUCUCCUCCUCAUGAUAUAAUCACGGGCCCAGGAAUCAGUCCAGGAAGGGACAGUCCACAGCACAGGCCAAUUUCAACGGAGGGUGGGAAGAGGGGGGGGAAGCCUGCUCCCAAAACUCCUGCAGCGUCAGGUUUAAGGGAAAGAGAGCAGGGAGAGCUUUCCCCCUCCCCCCCUCCAGGAGCAGCCACAGUUGAGAUAGAGAGCAGCCCCAGAGAGCCAGUUAUCUCAGAAGAUGAGGAAGGGGGGCAGUUGAGUCCUUGUUCCCCCACACAAUUUAACCCCUCACCUGCCAGAUCCAGCCCCAGUCCUAGCAUGUUGGUGAGGCGACUGGAAAGCCGGAUGAGGCCAGGGGCUUCACCACCAAUAAGGAGGAGGGAUGUGACAGGCCAAGGGAGGACGGCCCCCAUGUCAGCGGGCGGUCAGGCUCAGGGUGACACAGUUAUCACGGCUCAGGUGCACCGCCUGGAGUCAGGAGAACACAGAGUAGGCACCCCAACUGGGAGGCGAGGUUGGAGUCGGGAACCAAAGUCUGCGAAUAGGAGAACUGCAGGAGGGACCCGACAGGGCAGGGAUUUCAGCACCCCCACAAAAGAAAGAUCACCGGGUGCCCGUAAUAGGGGUCGCUCAAGAAGCAGGGACAGUAGAUUGAGAGGACGGCGGGAGCAUAGCUAUAGCUCCGUCAGGAGCAGCAGGAGGGGUGCCACGGCUCAUGCAUGCCCGCAGGGAGCCCGAAUCAGUAGAUGCGAACGCAGUAGUAGGUCCCCAUCUAGGAGUCACUCGCACAGGGACAGGCACUCUUGCUGUCAUCUUUCUUGCAGGAACAGUCCAAGAAUAACCGAAAGGGAAGCAUCGCAAGCAAGGAGCGUAACGUCCAAUGUCGGGACAAGGAGAAGGCGGUCCGCAAGCCAUGACCGAGUUCAACCGGGCACUAUUCAAAACCAACCUCCAACCAAGAGCAACAGGUUGUCGAGCAACGUGACAACCCAGUCUACAGCCACGGCCGGUAGGCCAGGAGUGGGAGCGUUUUCGGGCAGCAGCACCAGAAGCAUCACAGCAGCCCUGCCAAUUUCCACAGCAGCUUUGGCGGCUGGCAACCGUAGACUGCUGGAACUUGUAAAGGCUUCUUUAGCCGGGACAACAUGGACUGCUUAUGGUAAGGCAUGGGAGGAAUGGAAGCGGCUAAAUGACUGGGCCGGAGGUUUAACCAGCAGGGAGGACAGACGUGCCGGACUCAUUUGGUAUGUGGUCUGGCUCACUGAACAGGGUAAGUCUGCAGCCUUUAUUGAUAAACGGAUGGCAGGGCUGGCAUUCCACUUCAAGCUGCGAGGCAAAGAGGACCUGACUAAGGAGUUCAUGAUCAGGCAAGCGCUGAAAGGGCUUAGAAAAAGUAAACAUUCAAAGGAUACACGGCGGCCUAUAUCAUUUGAUUUGCUGACACGACUACAGGCAGCCUUGGAUCACUGCUGCUAUACAGGCUAUGAGGCGGCAUUGUUUAAGGCGGCCUUCGCACUGGCGUUCUUUGGAGCCUUCAGGGUUGGUUGCAAAACUGUGGUAUGGUUGUUGGGACAUUCAUAUGUGAGUCGGGCCCAAAGGAGAGCCGCAGUUAAGAAGAGGCACGGAAGGCAGCUGGGCUUUCCAGAGGGCCGCAUAUCCAUCCAAUGGUUUGGUUUUCCUGGUCUACAAUGGUCAGGGGUAUGGCCUGCCUUGCUUAGGUUGGCCAAGGCAGGAAGUCGUCCAGAUAUACUGGUAAUACAUGCUGGGGGGAAUGACCUGGGCUUGGUAGCACAAAGGGAGCUAGUGGCCAUGAUGAAGCGGGAUGUGGAUAGAAUUCGGUCAAUGUUCCCUGGCAUCAUAUUGGUGUGGUCAGAGAUGAUUCCCCGGUCGGUAUGGAGGUAUGCACGGGACCUGCAAGCCAUAGAAAGGAGCAGGGGGAAGGUAAAUAAAUUACUUUCAAUUUUCAUACGAAAAUCAGGGGGCGUAGUUGUGAGGCAUAGGGAUUUAGAGGCAAAACUUGUAGGUUAUUUAAAUAAUUUUGACACUGAUGGGGUGCACCUAUCUGACAUUGGUAUGGAUCUCUUUAACAUGGCUAUUGCAGACGGGAUAGAAAGGGCCUUGGAGUUGUUUGAUGGCGGUUCGCGGUGUGCUUAAGGAGUCAAGCACACACGCUGGUGGCGGGGUCAGGGAGUCCAGUGACCAAUAGGUGGGUGAGCACGGGAGUUUCAAGGUUAAUGGUUAGCUGGAAGGCCUGGCACCUCAGGGGUAGCAAAACACCACAGGAAUAGGAGUGGUUUUAGGUAGCAGGUGGGUUACAGGCUACUAUGGCAGCUGGCAGCGCUGUUGCGUUGUGCAGUUAUAAGGUUUGCUACAGUAUUGUUUGUUAUACAAAUAUUAUUGUUAUUAUUAUACUAUGUUCAUGAUGUUAUUUGUUGUAGUGCGUUUUUUGCACUAAAUAUAUUAUGUGUUACAAUAAAAUUGUUCUGCGGCCUUUUUCAUCCAAAUGCAUAAUUGUCGUAUUCCUUAAUGGGGCUUGGAGGAAAGGGGGGCUGUUGGUUAUUGAGUAAGGGCUGGGACAGGUACCGACGUUGCCUCUGUCAAGUAACCCGAUGACACGGGGCACAGCCUAGGGAAGAAGGGGCAUGACAGGCCACGAGGUGCAGAAGCCCCUCCUAGUUGUUAAUAGGUGAUUGGGCAGUGGAAGAGUGGAUCAGGGUGACGUGGGAUAGGCUUUAAAAGUUAGGGGACUAGGUUUCCACCCCCCACUCCAUUUUGUAGAAGCACAAGAAAACUCCCACCCACCCUCCCCUUGCAGAUAUAUAGUUGGUGACGGCGGGGUCAGGGAGUCCAGUGACCAAUAGGUGGGUGAGCACGGGAGUUUCAAGGUUAAUGGUUAGCUGGAGGGCCUGGCACCUCAGGGGUAGCAAAACACCACAGGAAUAGGAGUGGUUUUAGGUAGCAGGUGGGUUACAGGCUACUAUGGCAGCUGGCAGCGCUGUUGCGUUGUGCAGUUAUAAGGUUUGCUACAGUAUUGUUUGUUAUACAAAUAUUAUUGUUAUUAUUAUACUAUGUUCAUGAUGUUAUUUGUUGUAGUGCGUUUUUUGCACUAAAUAUAUUAUGUGUUACAAUAAAAUUGUUCUGCGGCCUUUU